AGGCGGCAAGCGCGCACGGCCGGCCAGCCUGCUGCGCGGCCCGGGAACCCCGCGAGCUCCGCGCCCACCAGCCCGCACCAGCCGGGGCAAGCGCCUUUCUUGGCCUGCGGACGCCCGACUUCUCCGCCUCCCCGCCUCCUGGCCAGGCCGGAGGAGCAGCAUGAAUCUGCGACUGUGCGUGCAGGCGCUCCUGCUGCUCUGGCUCUCCCUGACCUCGGUGUGUGGAGGGCCCCUGCCACAGCCUUCUGCCGGGAAGGGGCUGGAGGAAGGCAAUAUUCACCACCUGGUGCAGCCCAGAGGGUCCAGGAAUGGACCAGGGCCCUGGCAGGGAGGUCGGAGAAAAUUCCGCCGCCAGCGGCCACGCCUCUCUCAUAAGGGCCCCAUGCCUUUCUGAAGCAGGACUGAAGGGGCCCUCAAGUACUUCCCCCCUGCACUUCUCUCUACUUCCAUAGAUUGGUCUGCUUCUCUGGAGCCCUUAUAUCCAUUCGCCUCUCAUCUUGCACACGUCCUAGCUGCUGAUGGUCCCAGCUCUUCUCACCCACCAGCCUCCCUGAAUGACGUGGCCCUUCUCUGGACUGACUUUGGAGACCCAGCACUGGAAGGCCGUCCUUUUUCUGGAUCUCGUCCUGCUCUAGUAUCCACCUCUCCCACCUAAUACCCCAACCUCCAAGCAGCCCUCCCUUCCUCAGGUUUGCCCUGGGGCCUGCAUGGAAACACUCCCUUCUUCAAUGGGCUCCAGCAGAUCCCAGGUUUUCAUGCCAGUUGGACCUUUAGCAGGCCUCCAGAGGGAAGUAAAGAGAUGAGCAAUGAGAGACUCUAGUUAGAGGCCAGGAGCUUUGGCAUGCAGACAGGGUGCCUUGGGGGCAUUGGAGUAUG